AUGCCUCACGCUGUGAUUGACGAACCGACAGCACGAGAGACUGUAUUUCUUAACCACGCUCUCGAUAUAACUCCGAUCGACUCACCACUAUUCGCUUUCCCUAAAACAUCAAAACUGAACCCUACAUCCUAUUUGGCCCCUACAACUGCUCCGUACGGUCGACAUGUCGCAGAAUGGCAAGCCAAAUUCCAUGGGCUUCGAAGCGAGAAGCUACUUUACAGAAUGCAGCCCCUCAUUGAACCCAUUCGACAAGAGGCUACAACCCUGGUUGCAAUAUUCUAUCCUGCCAAUGAACCGGAGAGUACAACUCGGCGUCCAGUUGAGAUCUACCUAGAACGGAUCAAGCGGUUAGCAGCCUUGAAAGAGCAAGUUAUAAUCUACGCUCCCCCAUCGAUCUCUCCAACGAUCCGCGGCCUUCGCGACGACAAGCACUGGUACGUGAUCGAUGACUAUGAGUCAAUAUGGGACAUGCCGAACAACAUUCAUCAAAAGCACAACUUCACUCACGUCCAGCCAAAAAUCUUCUCUGCUUUCGAUCGCAAAGUCGGCGUCCUUGGCUGGGAGCCUGAAGACUGUUACAAUCAUGCGCAUCGUAGCGCCGUAUACAAUGCCAAAGUGUUCAUAACCUACGAUGCCGUAAUGCGAAACCCAUUCGGCUCAGAGCGGUGGAUGUACGUUGAUGCCGGAGUAUUCGGCGAGUACGGUCCUAAGAACGAGGAUGGAGAAUACUGGACCGAGAUCAUUUCCCACAAGCUCUCUCCCAAAAAGUUCGAUCGUAGUAUCAGUCUCAGCCGUGAGUCAGGCGUCGUCAUCGGCGAGUAUAUGCAGUCUCUCGCGUACGGGAUCAAAGACAUCAACCACCCAGCCUGGACGGAUCCAAAGAAGUCAUGGAUGUGUCAACACUUCAUCGCAGGUAACUGGGUAGGCAGCUCCAUAGGUAUGCUCAACUUUGCUGUGCGCUUCAUGCAGACUGUGGAUGACAUGGAUGCGAAUGAUAUGUAUACUGCGCGCGAAGAAUUUGUGAUCCCGCAAGUCAUGAUCAGAUAUCCGAACACGAUCUUUUCGAUACCUUGGAUGGAGAUGGAAUGGGGAAAGUGGGAACAUCCUAUCAAAGGCGCAUACUCGACAUAUGGUGGUGAGGAGAGUGUGCCUACGAUUGGCGAUCCGAUUGAAGGCGUCAUAUGCAAGGGUUACAAGCAGCGGAGAGGGCAUCUACCUGGUGGUGGUGUCUAUGCAUGGCCAUGGUUCAAGCGAAAGAAUGUAUAUGGGGCGAGCCAUCUCAGCGAUCUCCUUGGCCGCAAGGCGAAUCGCGAAUACAGCACAAAUGCCGCCACGUUAAUCGCCAAAGGUCUUAUCAAAUCUCGAGGCCCGAUCACUCUCGCAAGCCACAAUAGCCGCAAGAUCGUACUCCCAUCAUCGCUCACCGAUUGGGUCAAGUCCAAUAAAGAUCUCGAUCACAGAGAGCUUGUCCGACAAGACUUCUAUGCAGACUCUCCCGGAUUCGAAGGAUUGACUCUCCUCCAUUCUGGCAACAUGCUCAUGGACAUGAUUAAAACCAAACUAGGUCAGAACGACAGCUUGAUGCCCGUGAUAAAUGCGAGUGUGGUAAAAGCUCUCGAAAUCCACUGGGGCAACGAGAAAAGCUGGCAUACAAUCGACUGGCAAAAGGACACUACCGGUAUCAUGGCAAGCGCAGCAUCUUCAGUCUUCGUUGGUCCGGAAAAGAGCGACGGUGCGGAGUGA